GGAGCCCACGCAGUGCGAAGUUGCUGCUUUUGGACCGGAAGCGGGGAGGCGUGCGUCGGCAGCCAGGUAAGGAUGUAUGUUCCAGAAUCUUAAGCCAUGAGUCUAUCACUUAAUGAUCUGCUCAUUUGCUGCCGGCAAUUAGAACAUGACAGAGCUACAGAACGAAGGAAAGAAGUGGAGAAAUUUAAGCGUCUGAUUCAGGACCCUGAAACAGUUCAAAAUCUAGAUAGGCAUUCAGAUUCCAAACAACAAAAAUACUUGAAUUGGGAUGCUGUUUUCAGGUUUCUGCAGAAUUAUAUUAAAAAAGAAACAGAAUGUCUGAGAACAGCAAGAUCAAAUGUAUCAGCCUCCACACAAACCUCCAGACAGAAGAAGAUGCAAGAGAUCAGCAGUUUGGUCAGAUACUUCAUCAAAUGUGCAAAUAAGAGAGCACCCAGGCUAAAAUGUCAAGACCUCUUGAAUUAUGUCAUGGAUACAGUGAGAGAUUCAUCUAAUGGUUUAACUUAUGGAGCUGAUUGUAGCAACAUACUACUUAAAGAUAUUCUUUCUGUGAGAAAAUACUGGUGUGAAAUAUCUCAGCAACAGUGGCUAGAAUUGUUCUCUGUGUACUUCAGGCUGUAUCUCAGACCAUCACAAGACAUCAAUAGAGUUUUAGUGGCUAGAAUAAUUCAUGCUGUCACUGGAGGAUGCUGUUCACAGACUGAUGGAUUACCUUCUAAGUUUUUAGAUUUUUUUUCCAAGGCUGUUCAGUAUGCAAGACAAGAAAAGAACUCUCCUGGCUUAAGUCAUAUCUUAGCAGCCCUUAUCAUUUUCCUCAAGACUUUGGCUGUCAACUUCCGGAAACGGGUGUGUGAAGUAGGAGAUGAAAUUCUUCCUACCUUACUGUGUAUUUGGACUCAACACAGACUUAAUGAUUCUUUAAAAGAAGUAAUCAUUGAAUUAAUUCAACUGCAAAUUUAUAUCCAUCAUCCACAAGGAGCCAAAGCCCCUGAAAAAGGUGCUUACGAAUCAACAAAAUGGAAAAGUAUCUUGUACAACUUAUAUGACCUGCUGGUGAAUGAGAUAAGUCAUAUAGGAAGUAGAGGGAAAUACUCUUCAGGAUCUCGUAAUAUUGCUGUCAAGGAAAAUUUGAUUGAUUUGAUGGCAGAUAUCUGUCACCAGCUUUUUAAUGCCGAUACCAGAUUGGUGGAGAUUUCUCAGUCUUUUACUACACAAAGAGAAUCUACUGAUUAUACUGUGCCUUGCAAAAAAAGGAGAAUAGAAGUAGGCUGGGAAGUGAUAAAAGAUCAUCUUCAGAAGUCACAGAAUGAUUUUGAUCUUGUGCCUUGGCUACAGAUUGCAACCCAAUUAAUAUCAAAGUAUCCUUCCAGUUUACCUAACUGUGAGCUGUCUCCAUUACUGCUGAUACUGUACCAGCUUCUACCUCAACAGCGGCGUGGAGCACGCACACCAUAUGUGUUACGAUGCCUUAUGGAAGUUGCCUUAUGUCAAGGGAAGAAAUCAAACCUAGAAAGCUCUCAAAAAUCAGACUUACUGAAACUGUGGGUUAAAAUUUGGUCUAUUGCCUUUCGUGGUAUUAGUUCUGAACAUACACAAACUGAAAACUUUGGUUUACUUGGGGCCAUUAUUCAAGGUAGUUUAAUUGAAUUUGACAGAGAAUUCUGGAAGUUAUUUACUGGCUCAGCCUGUAAACCUUCAAGUCCUUCAGUAUGCUGUUUGAGUUUGGCACUUAAUAUCUGUGUAGUUCCGGAUGCUAUAAAAAUGGGAACAGAGCAAAGUAUGUGUGAAGUAAAUAGAAGUUUCUCUGUAAAGGAGUCAAUAAUGAGAUGGCUCUUAUUCUACCAGUUAGAGGAAGACUUAGAAGUCAGCACAGAACUGCCUCCGAUUCUUCAGAGUAACUUUCCUCAUCUUGUACUGGAGAAAAUUCUUGUAAGUCUUACUGUGAAAAACUCUAGAGCUGCAAUGAAGUUUUUUCAAAGUGUGCCAGAAUGUGAACAACACUGCCAAGAUAAAGAAGAGUCUUCAUUUUCAGAAGUGGAAGAACUAUUUCUUCAGACAACUUUUGACAAGAUGGAUUUUUUAACCACUGUGAAAGAAUGUGUUGUAGAAAAAUGUCAAUCUUCUGUUGGCUUUUCGGUCCACCAAAAUCUCAAGGAAUCAUUGGAUCAUUAUCUUCUGGAAUUAUCAGAACAGCUUCUAAAUAAUUAUUCUUCUGAGAUUACAAACCCAGAAACACUUGUCCGGUGUUCAAGUCUUUUGGUGGGAGUUCUUGGCUGCUAUUGUUUUGUGGGUAUAAUAAUGGAAGAGGAAGCGUAUAAAUCAGAACUGUUCCAGAAAGCCAAGUCUCUAAUGCAAUGUGCAGGAGAAAGUAUCUCUCUAUUUAAAAAUAAGACAAAUGAGGAAUCUAGAAUUGGUUCAUUGAGAAAUGUGAUACAUCUGUGUACAAGUUGCUUAUGUAGACAUACCAAGCAUAAUCCACACAAGAUGGUAUCCAGCUUUUUCCUACGAUUGUUAACAUCAAAGCUUAUGAAUGACAUUGCAGAUAUUUGUAAAAGUUUAGCAUCCUGUGUGAAAAAGCCAUUUGAUUAUGGAGAAGUCCACUCAGUGAAAGAUGAUGCUGAUGAAAAUCUAAUGGAGGCACAGGGUUCAUCAUCCAAAAGUACUGUGAGUGAUGCAAAUGACUCUGGAGAGAACCAGAACACUGUUGGUGCCAUGAAUCCUUUAACUGCCGACUACCUGUCAAAGCAAGAUCAUCUUCUUUUAGACAUGCUCAGGUUCUUGUGCCUGUGUGUAACAGCAUCUCAGAGCAAUACUGUGUCUUUCAGAGCAGCAGAUAUUAGAAGGAAGUUGUUAGUGCUACUUGAUUCUAGCACACUGGAUCUUACUAAAUCCCUCCACCUACAUAUGUACUUAGUGCUUCUGAAGGAUCUCCCUGGAGGAGAACAUUCAUUGCCAAUGGAAGAUGUCGAUGAACUUCUAAAACCAUUAUCCCAUGUCUGUUCUCUGUAUCGUCGCGACCAAGAUGUUUGUAAAACAAUUUUAAGCCAUGUCCUUCAUGUAGUGACAAACCUAAGUCAGGGCAGUGUGGACACUGAGAGUACAAGGAAUGCUCAAGGACAGUUCCUGACAGUGAUUGGAGCAUUUUGGCACCUAACAAAGGAGAAGAAAUGUAUAUUCUCUGUAAGAAUGGCAUUAGUAAAGUGUCUUCAAACUCUGCUUGAGGCCGAUCCAUAUUCCAAAUGGGCGAUUCUUAAUGUAAAGGGCCAGGACUUUCCUGUAAAUGAAGCAUUUCCACAUUUUCUUGCUGAUGAUCAUCAUCAAGUUCGGAUGUUGACUGCAGGCUCAAUCAACAGAUUAUUCCAGGAUGUGAAACAUGGAGAUUCCUCCAGAUGCUUGAAAGCAUUGCCUUUGAAGUUUCAGCAAAUAGCUUUUAAAAAUGCAUACAUGAAAGCAGAGGCAGCAAUAAGAGAAGCGUCGUGUGAUACUCAGAACCCUGAUCUUCUGGAUGAGAUACAUAAUAGAAAAUCUGUUUUACUGAUGGUGAUAGCUGUGAUCUUGCACUCUAGUCCUGUCUGUGAAAAACAGGCUCUGUUUGCCUUAUGCAAAUCUGUGAAGGAAAAUGGAUUAGAACCUCAUCUUGUGAAAAAGGUUUUAGAGAAAGUCUCCGAAUCUUUUGGAUGUAGAUGUUUAGAAGACUUCAUGGCUUCUCAUCUAGAUUACCUGGUCUUGGAGUGGUUGAACCUUCAAGAUAAUGAAUACAACUUAUCUUCCUUUCCUUUUAUUUUACUAAACUACACAAGUGUUGAGGAUUUCUAUAGGUCUUGUUACAAGGUUUUGAUUCCACAUUUGGUGAUUAGAAGUCAGUUUGAUGAGGUGAAGUCCAUUGCUAAUCAGAUUCAAAAGGAUUGGAAAAGUCUGUUGAUAGACUGCUUUCCAAAGAUUCUUGUACAUAUUCUUCCUUACUUCGCCUAUGAGGGCACAGGGGACAGCAGCAUAACACAGAAGAGAGAGACUGCUACCAUGGUCUAUGACACACUUAAAAGCGAAGACUUACUAGGAAAACAGAUUGAUCAAGUAUUCAUUAGUAAUUUACCAGAGAUUGUGGUGGAGUUACUGAUGACAUUACACGAAACAGCUGAUUGUGAUGCCAGUCAAUGCACUGACCUCGGUGACUUCUCAGGGGAUUUGGAUCCUGCUCCUAAUCCACCGUAUUUUCCAUCACAUGUUAUUAAAGCAACAUUUGCCUAUAUCAGUAACUGUCAUAAAACUAAGUUCAAAAGCAUUUUAGAAAUUCUUUCUAAAAUCCCUGAUUCCUAUCAGAAAAUUCUUCUGGCAAUUUGUGAACAAGCAGCUGAGACAAAUAAUGUCUAUAAAAAGCACAGAAUUCUUAAAAUAUAUCACCUGUUUGUUACUUUAUUACUGAAAGAUAUAAAAAGUAGCUUGGGAGGAGCUUGGGCCUUUGUUCUUCGUGAUGUUAUUUAUACUUUGAUACACUAUAUCAACAAAAGGCCUUCUCAUUUCACAGAUGUGUCAUUGAGGAGCUUUUCUCUUUGCUGUGAUCUGUUAAGUCGAGUGUGCCAUACAGCUGUAACUCACUGUAAGGAUGCUCUAGAAAACCAUCUUCAUGUUAUUGUUGGCACACUUAUACCACUUGUGAAUUAUCAGGAGGUUCAAGAGCAGGUAUUGGACCUUUUGAAGUACUUGGUGAUAGAUAACAAGGACAAUGAAAAUCUCUUUGUCAUGAUUAAACUUUUGGAUCCUUUUCCUGACCACGUUGUUUUUAAGAAUUUGCGGCUUACUCAACAGAAAAUCAAGUAUAGUGGAGGGCAAUUUUCACUUUUAGAGGAAAUUAACCAUUUUCUUUCAGUAAGUGCUUACAAUCCACUUCCACUGACCAGGCUUGAAGGAUUGAAGGAUCUUCGAAGACAGCUGGAACAACAUAAAGAUCAGAUGCUAGAUCUCAUGAGAGCAUCUCAGGAUAACCCACAGGAUGGCAUUGUGGUGAAGUUGGUUGUCAGCUUAUUGCAGAUAUCCAAGAUGGCAGUGAACCAGACUGGUGAAAGAGAAGUUUUAGAGGCUGUUGGAAGGUGUUUGGGAGAAAUAGGUCCUCUGGAUUUCUCUGCCAUAGCCGUACAGCAUAAUAAAGAUACAUCUUAUACCAAAGCUCACGGGUUGCCUGAAGAUAAAGAACUUCAGUGGACCUUGAUAAUGCUGACUAUCCUGAACAAUACACUGGUAGAAGACAGUGUCAAAGUUCGAUCAGCUGCUGCUACCUGUUUGAAAAAUAUUUUGGCUACAAAGACUGGGCACAGUUUCUGGGAGACUUAUAAGAUGUCCGAGGAUCCCAUGCUGACCUAUCUACAGCCUUUUAGAACAUCAAGGAAAAAGUUUUUAGAAGUAUCCCGGUUUGUUAAAGAAGAUGUCUUAGAAGGCCUGGAUGAUGUGAAUCUGUGGGUCCCUCAAAGUGAAAGUCAUGACAUUUGGAUAAAAGCACUGACGUGUGCCUUUUUGGACAGUGGAGGCAUAAAAAGUGAAGUUCUUCAAUUAUUAAAGCCAAUGUGUGAAGUAAAACCUGACUUCUGUCAGACUGUGCUGCCGUACUUGAUUCAUGAUGUCCUACUCCAAGAUACACAUGAAUCGUGGAGAACUCUGCUGUCUACACACAUCCGAGGAUUUUUCACUAGCUGUUUUAAACACUUUUCACAGGCAAGCCGAUCAGCAACUCCUGCAAAUUCAGAUUCAGAGCCAGAGCACUUCCUCCGAUGCUGUUUGGAUAAAAAUUCACAAAGAACAAUGCUUGCUGUUGUCGACUAUAUGAGAAGGCAGAAGAGGCCUUCUUCAGGAACAGCUUUUGAUGAUGCUUUCUGGCUGGAUUUGAAUUAUCUAGAGGUUGCCAAGGUGGCUCAGUCUUGUGCUGCUCACUUCACAGCAUUGCUCUAUGUAGAGAUCUAUUCAGAUAAGAAAAGCAUGGAUGAGCAAGAGAAAAGAAGUCCAACAUUUGAAGAAGGAAGUCAAGGUACAACUAUAUCUAGUUUGAGUGAAAAAAGUAAAGAAGAAACUGGAAUAAGCUUACAGGAUCUUCUCUUAGAGAUCUACAGAAGCAUAGGAGAGCCAGACAGCCUGUAUGGCUGUGGUGGAGGGAAAAUGUUACAGCCCCUUACUAGAAUACGGACUUAUGAACAUGAAGCAAUGUGGGGGAAAGCCUUAGUAACAUACGACUUGGAGACCACAAUCUCCUCCUCAACCCGCCAGUCAGGAAUAAUUCAGGCCUUGCAGAAUUUGGGGCUCUCCCAUAUUCUUUCCAUCUAUUUAAAAGGAUUAGAUCAUGAAAAUAGAGAGUGGUGUGCUGAACUGCAGGAACUUUAUUAUCAAGCAGCAUGGAGAAAUAUGCAGUGGGACCUCUGCAGUUCGGCCAACCAAGAAUUGGAAGGAGCCAGUUACCAUCAAUCAUUGUAUAAUGCUCUGCAAUCUCUAAGAAGCAGUGAACUCUCCACGUUUUAUGAAAGUCUCAGAUAUGCCAGAGUGAAAGAAGUUGAAGAGUUGUGUAAGGGCAGCCUUGAAUCUGUAUAUUCGCUGUAUCCCACACUUAGUAGAUUACAGGCACUUGGAGAACUGGAAACCAUGGGGGAGCUUUUCUCAAGGUCAGUCGCAGAUAGAGACUGCUCUGAAGUAUACUUGAAGUGGCAGAAACACUCCCAACUUCUGAAGGACAGUGACUUUAGUUUUCAGGAGCCGCUCAUGGCUCUACGCACAAUCAUUCUGGAGAUCCUUGUUCAAAAGGAAAUGGAGAACUGCCAAGGAGGAUGCUCUAAGGACAUGCUCACCAAACACCUUGUAGAAUUCUCUAUUCUAGCCCGAACCUUCAAGAACACCCAGCUCCCUGAAAGAGCGAUAUUUAAAAUUAAACAAUAUAAUUCAGCUACUUGUGGAGUCUCUGAGUGGCAUUUGGAAGAAGCACAAGUGUUCUGGGCAAAAAAGGAGCAGAGUCUUGCCCUGAAUAUUCUCAAGCAAAUGAUCAAGAAGUUGGACUCCAGCUUUAAAGAGAAUGAUGCAGGUCUCAAGGUCAUAUAUGCAGAAUGUCUGAGGGUGUGUGGCAACUGGUUGGCGGAAACUUGCUUAGAAAAUCCCGCAGUCAUCAUGCAGACCUACCUAGAAAAGGCGGUGAAAGUUGCUGGAAGUUAUGAUGGCAAAAGCGGUGAGCUCAGAAAUGGACAGAUGAAGGCAUUUCUCUCAUUAGCACGGUUCUCCGAUACUCAGUACCAGAGAAUUGAAAACUACAUGAAAUCAUCAGAAUUUGAAAACAAGCAAGCUCUCUUAAAAAGAGCCAAAGAAGAAGUGGGCCUUCUAAGGGAACAUAAAAUUCAGACUAACAGAUACACAGUAAAGGUUCAGAGAGAACUGGAGCUAGAUGAAUGUGCUCUGCGUGCAUUGAAAGAGGACCGUAAACGCUUCCUGUGUAAAGCAGUUGAGAACUACAUCAACUGCUUGCUAAGUGGAGAAGACCAUGAUAUGUGGGUUUUCCGGCUUUGCUCCCUCUGGCUUGAAAAUUCUGGAGUUCCUGAAGUCAAUGGAAUGAUGAAGAGAGAUGGAAUGAAGAUUUCAUCAUAUAAAUUUUUACCUCUCAUGUAUCAAUUGGCUGCCAGAAUGGGGACCAAAAUGAUGGGAGGCCUAGGAUUUCAUGAAGUCCUCAAUAAUCUGAUCUCUAGGAUUUCAAUCGACCACCCCCAUCAUACUCUGUUCAUUAUACUGGCCUUAGCAAAUGCGAACAAAGAUGAACUUUUGAGCAAACCAGAGGCAACAAGAAGAAGUAGAAUAACCAAAACUGCACCCAAAGAAAGCUCCCAGCUUGAUGAGGAUCGAACAGAAGCUGCAACCAAAAUAAUCCAUACUAUCAGAAGGGAGAGAUGUAAGAUGGUGAAGGACAUGGAGGCUCUCUGUGAUGCCUACAUUAUAUUGGCAAACUUGGAUGCCUCUCAGUGGAGGAAUCAGAGAAAAGGCAUCGAUAUUCCAGCAAAUCAGCCAAUCACUAAACUGAAGAACUUAGAAGAUGUUGUUGUUCCCACUAUGGAAAUUAAGGUUGAUCCCACAGGAGAGUAUGAAAAUCUGGUGACUAUAAAAUCAUUUAAAACAGAAUUUCGCUUAGCAGGAGGUUUAAAUUUACCAAAAAUAAUAGAUUGUGUGGGUUCUGACGGCAAGGAAAGGAGACAACUUGUCAAGGGCCGUGAUGACCUGAGGCAAGAUGCUGUCAUGCAGCAGGUUUUCCAGAUGUGCAAUACACUACUGCAGAGAAACACUGAGACUAGAAAGAGGAAACUGACUAUCUGCACAUACAAGGUGGUUCCCCUUUCUCAGCGAAGCGGUGUUCUUGAAUGGUGCACAGGAACCAUCCCUAUUGGUGAAUAUCUUGUCAACAAUGAAGAAGGUGCUCAUAAAAGAUACAGGCCAAAUGAUUUCAGUGCCUAUCAGUGCCAGAAGAAAAUGAUGGAAGUGCAAAAGAAGUCUUUUGAAGAGAAAUAUGAUACCUUCAUGACUAUUUGCCAAAACUUUGAACCAGUUUUCCGUUACUUCUGCAUGGAAAAAUUCUUGGACCCAGCUGUUUGGUUUGAGAAACGAUUGGCAUAUACGCGUAGUGUAGCCACGUCUUCUAUUGUUGGUUACAUCCUUGGACUUGGUGAUAGGCAUGUACAGAAUAUCUUGAUAAACGAGCAGUCAGCAGAACUGGUACACAUAGAUUUGGGAGUGGCUUUUGAGCAGGGUAAAAUCCUUCCCACUCCAGAAACAGUGCCUUUUAGACUCAGCAGAGAUAUCGUGGAUGGCAUGGGCAUCACUGGUGUGGAAGGUGUCUUCAGAAGAUGCUGUGAAAAAACCAUGGAAGUUAUGCGCAGUUCUCAGGAAACUUUGCUAACCAUUGUAGAGGUCCUUUUGUACGAUCCACUCUUUGACUGGACUAUGAAUCCUCUAAAAGCUUUGUAUUUGCAGCAGAGGCCAGAAGAUGAGACUGAGCUCCAUUCUACCCCCAAUGCAGAAGAUCAGGAAUGCAAACGAAGUCUUAGUGAUAUUGACCAGAGUUUCAACAAAGUAGCUGAACGUGUCUUGAUGCGGUUGCAAGAGAAACUGAAAGGCGUGGAAGAAGGCACUGUGCUCAGUGUGGGUGGACAGGUGAACUUGCUUAUCCAGCAAGCCAUGGAUCCCAAAAAUCUCAGCCGACUUUUCCCAGGAUGGAAAGCUUGGGUGUGAUCUUCAGCACAGGAAUUACCCUUAAACUCAGACUUCAAAAAUUACAUCUCAACCAUCAUAUUUAGAUAGGAAUUAUUCAAGUUAAUAACUGCUUUUGAACCAGUUUUCUACUUGAUUUAUCACCACCCAAAAAUUGGUAUUUCUGCUCUCAUGUGUUAGAAGUAAUAGUUACUCAAGAUCUUCUCCUAGGAUAAAUGCUGACCCUUAAGAUCAUGCUUGUACUGUUUUCAGUAGGAUCACCAAGGUACGCAUGAACUGCAAACAGCAGUAGCAGCAGUGAGCUUUACUUUUGGUGUGCAUUAGGACAAGUUCAUAACUUCUGCUCUAAGAAGUCUUUUUAGUUAAAACAUGUUCCCAAGAGUUGGGCGUUGGUGGCACACACCCUUAGUCCCAGCACUCAGGCAGAGACAGAAGGAUCUCUGUGAGUUCGAGGCCAGCCUGGUCUACACAGUGAGUUUCAUGACAGCCUGCAAAACAAUACAGAGAACCCCUAUCUCGGGGGGAGGGAGAGGGGGAGGUGUUCCCAGACAGUCAUUGUGUGUGCAUACACAUGCACACACACGACUAAGUACUUAAUGAUAUUGUGAAAAGGGUAGGCAUUAAAAUUAUAAUUGUCAAUAUAUCUAUCAUGGGGAACUCACAUUAAAAUAAAUGUUGGGCUGGAGUAUAGCUCAGUGUAGAAAAUGUAUCCAACCUGUCUGAGGCACCAAGUUCAAGACUAGAAUUCCAUGUUAAAGUGGGGGAAGCAUGUUGAAAGCAAAGUAGUAAGGUUGAACAUCCUUAAUUCCCAAGCCCAAAACAUGAGAUGUUCUGGUGUCCAAAACUUUCUGACAUAUUGGGCACAUUUCAGAGGUUCAGAUUAGGUGCAUAGCUAGUCUUAGCUUAUAGUCUGCACAAAUGUUUCACAAUCUGGAAAUGUCUAAAACCAGAAGCAGCUCUGGUCCUCAACAUUUUUAGGAGGAGACACUUAAUUUCAGUCCAGUCCUGGUGGCACACUCCUUUUAUACUAACACUAAGGAGACAGAGGCAGUCCAAUCUCUGAAGUAGAGGCCAGCCUGUCUACAGAGCAAGUUCCAGGAUAGCCAAAGCUACACAGAGAAACCCUGUCUCUAAAACCAAAGCAGAAGAAAUGUUCUGAUUUCAGUUGCAGGGUCACAGCAUCCCCAAGUGAUGAGAUCUAGAGAGGAAGAGCAUGCAGGUGUAGCAAGUGGUACUUAAGUGAGUUCUGUGCUCUUUCUCUUUCAGGCCCUUUGGUAUUAACCAUUGCUGUAUUUUUCUCUUAUGUUUCUCUUAGUUUACAAAUUCUCCAGUUAACUACAUCUCUUCUCCUGUUAACCCAAUUGGAUUCUUUCAAAAAUUAGUUUUCAGGGUUGACAAAGUGGCUCAGUGGGUAAGCGUGCUUGCUGUGAAAGACUGAUGACCUUAGUUCCAUCCCCAGAACUCAUGAAAAAAUGGAAGGGCAGAAUCAACAAAGCUGUCCUCUGACUCCACAUGCUUGCCAUGCAUGGCAUGUGCAUGUCCACACACACAUACUCGCAAGAAUAAACUUUAAUUUUUUUUUGUCCAAAGAAAAAGAUAGAUUUUCAGCUAUGUGACCUGGAACUAACAGAUCCACCUAUUUCUGACUCCUAAGUGUUGGGAUUAAAGGUGUACACCACCACAUUCAGCUUAAUUAACUUUUCAAGUCCUUUCCUGUCACUAUCUUAAACAUCUUAUUCUGUGAUCCCUCUGAUAGUUUUAUUAAGUCAAGUGCUGGGUGUUUGUAUUGUUGAUUUUUGGGUUUAGUGGGCUAAUUUGUCAUUUUGAAAGGUGAACUCAUUUUUGCCCCUUUUACGCGCACGCGCACACGCACACACACACUGUGUGUGUGUGAGAAUCCUGGGUAGCCUAGCUAAAGAGUGAUUCUUUAAGACAGCUUGCUCAUGUCUCAUCCCCAUGGAUGGCACAGACAUUUUCUGGCUCCAGGAGUAGUGUAGAAGAGUGUCCUAGGCUAUGGUUACCUGCUUUCUGUCCUCUCUGUGCUAAUAGGCAGAGUAUUUUACUGGUGUCUUUUCAGUGAAGUCUAAGCCUGCAUGUGUCUCACCAUGGUGGCUGGGUGAAGGGUGGUGCACUUAAUGCCUCUCCCUUGCUGUUCGCCUAAGAUUUUUAGUCCAUAUGUAUACAUAUACACACACAUAUACAUAUAUACAUGGAUACACAUAUGGGUAUUUGUAUAUAUACACACACAAAGCCAAACUCUGUUUCUGAAAACUGUUAUGAAAAUUAUUUUGCAUUUUAACUUUCCUUCUUAGUGUCUUUUGUCAGAGUUGCUUAUGGAUAUUUGGUAUCUACUGUUGUAGUAAACCAAGAGAAUGUAUGAACUUAGAGUGUCUUUAAGAAAAUGUUGACCUCUUCAUAGAUAGAGGAUGAUAUUAGCUGAUAAUGGCUAGCUACAUGAAUUUGUAAUGUGUUUCUGUAGUUAAAUCACCAAAGAGAUUUGAAUUAUAUAAUUGAUCCAUUCUUCACCCUUAAAUUAUAUGCCACAAACAUAUGCUAUUCAGAUUUUAUCAAAGGCUUUGAAAAGUCUAUAUCAGGUUUUUUCAGGUAAACCUAGAAGCAACUAAUUGAAAUGUGAAAAGAUUAAGUUAGAAAAAUAUUUUUGACAGGCUUGAGUAAGAUGGGCAGUUACCAGGAGCCAUUGAGGUUAGAUUUACAGGUAUUAAAAAUCAGGCAUUUCCUUUAUGUAAGAAUCCUUCUGAUUCUUACAACAAAACCUGGUGCCCGGCAGUGGUGGCGCACAUCUUUAAUCCCAGCACUUGGUAGGCAGAAGCAGGUGAAUCUCUGUGAGCUUGACUCCAACUUGUUCUACAAAGUAAGUUCCAGGACAGCCAGAGCUAUUACACAGAAAAACCCUGUCUCACAAAAAAAAAAAAAAACCCAAAUUGUAACAUUGGUGAUAGUAUGUCCAGAGAAAGUUGAAGAAAGGUUACUUGUCUAAGGUCAGAAGACAUUCCACACAAGUAUUAUAUAAACAGUCUCUUCAGUUGAAGAGCUUUUAAUGAAAAGAAUGUGGCAUUCACUGGUCAGUUAUAAGUCAGUGAGAAGCGAAUAGAGAAGCUGCUAGAAAAGGAAGUUAGCUAAUGUGUCUGCAGUGAGGGAGGCAACAGCUCCUCUUCCAACCUUAUGCUCUUUUACCCCCUCAAAAUGCUUCCAGAUCAGGCCCCAAAUCUAAGGUCGUGAUAGUGUCCACUUAAGAUGGGAAAAAAUGUGCACCUAGAAAUCUUUCACAAAUUUAAAUAUGGUGUAAAAGGAACAAAAGCAAAAAGGCAGAACUUUGCACAGCUUAAGGUUUAGAAUAACCAUUUUUAAGAAGGCCAGUAUAAGAUAGAGAAAAGUGCCAUUUCAAGGGUUUUAGUUGCACCUUAAAGGAAUUACAUAUUUUAUAUAGAUUUGUUUAGCACUGUUAAAUGUAUUGUUACAUUGUUACGUGAAUGUUACACUUUUUAUAAAUAAAGAACUAUACAAGUUUAUAUUAA